AUGGGAUACAUCGUGUCUAGACGAGAAGAGCAUCUACAAAAUAUCGAUGUAGAUAUUAAAAAAUGGAAGGAUAAACUAAGUAAUACUACCAGUCCAGAAAUGUUUAACACUACAAUUAUAGAAAUCACUAAGAGAGUAGAGAAAGUAGAAAAAGAUGUUAUAGAAAUUAAGAAAAAGAAAUAUCUAAGAGAUGUAAAUGAUUACAAAUCCGGAAAUGUAAGACAUUAUAAUAAAGCAAAUGGGACCCAAAAGACACGUUUCAAUCAUUUUGACAAUAGAGAAAGUAGACAAACAAAUAAUUUUCAUGAACAACAAAUAUCUAUAAGAAAUAGAAACUAUGAAAGAUCAACAGAAGCGUAUAAACCUAGAAUUACAAAAGAGAGACCUAAUAGAACCAAUCUAGGUUUUAAUAGGACAUACAGCGAGGCAGUGAAAUACCCGAGAAGUGACCAACAAUACAGAGAAUAUAAACAACCAUACAGAGGAGAAAAAAGAAAUAUGCAUAUCAACAACCCUAAUGAGAUACCUUUAACUAAUAGAUUCAAGAGCCUAGAAAAUCAAAAUCAGGAUCAGGACUCUUUUUUUCGACAGGAUCCCUUCCAACACCACCGCAGACGAUCGCAACAGAUAGGAGAGACACCAGGGAAACGGUUGAGAUUAUCAGAGGAAGGAGAAAUAGAAGAAGAAAAAGAGGAAAUGACACGAGGCAGAGAAAAGAGGGGCAGAAAUUAA